AUGAGUUGCGAUCGCCCGUCAAAGCGCCAAAGGAUCAACAUGGAGACUGUCGCGUAUAAGUUUCAUCAGAUUCAAGACGAGGUCAAGAAGAUCAGUCUCAAGAUCCCGGAAGAGGUUCUAGCAGGUCAAACGUACCAUGCAUCGGACGUGCAUCAAUGGACGACUGAUAUAUCAACGCAGUGUCUCAAGGCGCUCAAAGGUGUGGCCAAUGGUUCAGCUGGAUUCAAAUAUAUCGUAAACUGCACGAUCCUGCAAAAGCGGAAUGCCGGCUAUCACACCAAUUCGUCGUGUUUCUGGGAUGCCGAGCGUGACGGCAGUGUGUCGAUUCGAUGGGAAAAUGCGACCAUGACCAGCGUGCUGACGGUCUAUUGUGUUAGUCUCCAGUAG